AUGGACGAAGUCCAAUGGCCGCUGUUGCUGCUCUUUUCGUUGCUCAUCUUACUGGCUCUGUUCGGUAACCUGCUGGUUUGCGCCGCCAUCCUGUGGGACCGGCCACUGAGGCGGCAGCCGGAGAACCUUUUUCUCGUCUCCCUCGCCGUCUCCGAUCUGCUUGUAUCUGUUCUGGUACGUUUUUUACUCCGGUCAUUCUGAGUCGGUGAACACAUGAAAAUGAAAAAAAAAAACUUUUGUAUCGGUCUGCCAACUUUCAAACCUAAGCCAGAUGAUUCGGAAUUGUCAAGUUUCCGAUAAAAAGAAGUUGAGAGCUAUACUUUGAAUAGCAUUUGAUUUUUUUCGGAAAUAAGAAAUUUAGAAAAAAAUAUAAUUUUUUUUAAAUUUAUUUUUUUCUAUUUCGGAAUCACACUUUCUUUAAAAUUGACCCUUUUUGACUAAAAAUUUCUAUAAAAAAAUUGUGUAAGGUGGGAUUCUGUCCGAAUUUUAUUUUCAGUCGUGGGUUAGGGGGAAAAACAAAGCAUUAAAUUUUACUUGGUACAUCCGGUAUAAAAAUUUUUUCUCAAAAACCGUUUUGAAAAGACUUUUAUUUCGUUCAAAUAACCAUCGCUAUCUCUUUCAAAAAAAUUUCGAAGCUCCGAAACGCCAUUCAAAAAAAAGCCAUUUUACAAAAUUCUCACAUUAUCUCUGCUUCAUUUCUAACCAGAAAAAAAAACGUAAAUCAAAUAACUUGAGGCUUAUUAUACUUUGAUGUCUUCGUAACAGAUCCCUUGUUUGUCAUCGACACAGAGACAUCACCAAACUUGUUGUGCUUUGAGACGUCUUACUCGAUUUCGCGUGUUCAGAGGACACAUUUUGAUACGAAAACAUUUUUUGGAAGCACUUGAGACGAUUUGAGUUUUUAAUAAAUUUGAUUUGACUUCGGCCGUUCCGUUUUAAGAUUGCGUUUUAGUUGUUUUCGCCUAAACCCAAAGCCACUUUUUGUUGUUGUCGUCAGCGUUUCGACUAAAAUAAUUUCCAAAUCUUUCUUUCGGGAAGUUGCUUCUUGGACGACUUUAUUCUAGUCUAGCCAAUUUUUCAAACGAACCAAAGGACGAAUAACAUAAGAGGACACUCCUCACGAAAAAUUAUGAAAAAUUCUAGUGGAUAUUGUUAUUACACCUCCUACGAUUAUGAAAAAGUUACCUUUUAUUUUGUCCAGAACAUUGUGAGAGCGCUCUUAUUUCUGUUAGGAGAGGAUACUCAAGAAAAACAGAUAAAUUUUUCUCGGUUGACGGCAGUGUUCCGGUCAGUGGAAAAAAAAGGCUCCGAAGAAGUAUUCCCGGGCUGGAAUCUAAUUUGGCACAUUGUCGUGCAAAGGCAUUACCGCCGGUUCAUCGCAGCCGCACAGGGGUUUUUCGAAUUUUCAUUGCUCCUUUUCGGACUCCAACUGGGACGGCCGCUUGAUUAAAUUGUUCGUUGUCUCCUCGAUCGUGCUCUGUCGACGGCGCCUGGGUGUCUGCUAAAAGAAGAACUGAAACUCGCGGGCACAAAAAUGUGGUCAAAUUUAGAAAAUUGAAAAAAGCUUUUAUAAACAUACGCUUGUCUAGCUUGUGAAAAAAGAAAAUCGAGGUGAUCGAAAAUUUUAAAUUUCCCAAUUCGACACAUUCCGAGUUUCGAGAAAAAAAAAAACAAUCAAGCAAAGUAUUUUCAUUCUCGGAGCUUUUCAAAAAGUUCACUUUAAGCUCAAAUGUAUGCAUGAAAUGUUUUUUGGGACAUGUGCAUUCGCGACGAAUUGCAUUUCCAGUGAUUCUCCAGGGUUCUCAAGUGCGAAAGAACGAGAAGCUCAACAAUUGCCGUUUUGUAGCCGUAAUCAAAUUUCGUCAGGAAUCUGCCUUCACGCCUCACUUUCGAUGGGAAUGUCAAAAAGCCCACCCAGAAGGCGUUACUCAGAAAUCAAUGAGAAUAUGGGUGAAAAGAUGAAUUCGGGGGAGAAAUUCAAAACAUUUACUAAAUGAGCAUUCAACAAUGAGUUCCGCUGUUUAGGUGUCUCUAUCUCUCUCAGACAUAUUAGCAAGAACUUCCUUGUGCUAGCAGUAGAAGAUUGGAUAUCCUGCUCACCUGAAAACUCUCGUAACAGUUGACUGAAAGCUUCAGAGGGAGAAAAGUUUAGUGAAGGUUCUGCUUUCUCCUCAUUAAAACCCGAAAUAAUCAUUUAUAUCGACCUUUUUUUUCUUAUAGAAGUGGAUUGGGUGAUUUUUGUAAACUGUUUUUCUAUUUUAAAUUUGGAAAGAAUACUGCAGACUUCCGUGUUUCCUUCGUUUUCUCAAGUAGGCGCAGAACUUCUUAACUGAAAAUGAAACUGAAAAUUUCUCAUUUUUCCGUAAAAAGUCGAUAGGUUUUUCCGCCGAUUCAACUUCUGACAAAUGUAUUGAAAACUUAAAUGAAAAAAAGAAAAAAAAUUUAUAAUUAAUCUGAUUCUCCUAUAGGUGAUGAUGUGCGCUGCGGCAAGCGAUUUGCUGGGAUACUGGCCCUUCGGACAGAUUUAUUGUCAGUUCUGGGUCAGCUUCGACAUCACCUGCUGCACGGCGUCUAUUUUGAAUCUAUGUGCCAUUUCUUUAGACAGGUAUUGGCACAUCAGUCGACCUAUGGUCUACGUCAGGUUUCUCUCUUUUCAAGUUCCAAUAAAUAAUUUUCUUCAGAUACUGUAACCGUCGCCGUAUUUACUAUGCAAUCGUUGUUGUGUGGCUUGUUUCUGCCGCCAUUGGCGCCGCACCUCUGGGCUUUGGUUUCGGCUCCAAAGUCACCAUACAUAAGUGAGUAACUUCAGGAGACCAACUUUGGUCCUUUGCCGCUUGAAAUUCAUCAAAUAAUGUUGUGCAAUCCAUCUCGAGAUGUAUGAACUGUUGUUCUCAAUUUUAUUUUGGCGAAAACCACUUGAAAACUUAAUUUAGGCGUUUUCAUUAAACAAAUAACCCAAAAAAACUUCGAAAACAUCAAGGAGAGUUUUGAACUUUCAAAAAACUUCUAUAUUUCUUAAUUAUGCCCUGAGGCUAAGUAUGUUCCUUUUUAUUCAGAAAUUCGCGAUACGAAAAUGAUGAUUGCAGUUUGAAUCUAUUUUUGCAUCCAAGAAGACUAUAGAAUAAAAAAAGGGGAAUUUAUGGGAACCUUUUUUACAGUGAAACCAAAAUGGCAAGAUGCGAAAUGAGACUUCCGAUGCUCUACGCCAUUUCGAGUUCGUUGCUCUCGUUCUUCGUGCCCGCUGCAGUUAUGGUUCUACUGUACACAAAACUGUACUUGUAUGCUCGGAAACACGUGCGGAGCAUCAAAACGCAGCUCCAGCAAGCGACUUCCUUCUUGAUCAUGCAGCUGGCGUCCGAAAAAAUCCGCGAGGUUGGCCAAGUUUGACAGGCGUGGGCUUUUUUUGAGUUGAUUCACAUUCGCUUUCACCCUAACCAAAAAUCUGCUUACACUGAAUCUAACAGCUUUUGGAAGCCUUUGAGUUGCACACUGACCAACCUCCCUUGCCAGCGAGUGAUUUAUAAUGUUCUGACGAGAGCUUCUAGAGAUUAGCUCCCCCGCAAGAAAAGUUUGGAGAGAAAUCCCGCAUGAGUAGCAUGGCCGUACCACCGUGCUUGACAGGUAACUGCCGCAACUCUAAAGGGCGAGGCGUUGCUGCCGCCGUCGUCGACGCCAGUUCGAUCUGCCCGUCGGAGUCCCAAACCGCCUUCCAAGACCGUCGAACACCACUACGAGCUGCCUGAGUCGCCGGUUUCACACUACUACAAGGUUCAUUCAGUGAGUUGCACUCCGGUGACAACGGUGUUGAAAUUUUAUGAAGGGUAGACAGCCUAGCCAGAACCAUCAGGGAAAAAUUCAGCAUUUUCUCUUCUUCGCAGAAAAAAAUGCUACGACCAAUUUUUUUCUGAAUCUUAUUUCUUCAGAACAGUAAAAAAACUGUAGCGCUUUUUUUCUGAGCAGAAUCAUAUCAAAAAAAGUUUUCUCUUACUCAUCAUAAGAAUAUCAAAAAAAAAAACUCUCAAGAUCGAUAGAACGUCUUUCUCAAAUUCUAAUCAAUCAUGGCAUAAUUUGAAGGCUAGUAAGUCAAAAAGCUGUUUGGAUAAUUUAUUUCAAUUUUUUCAAACAUCUUUUAACUAUAAUUUUUCAAAACUAGCCCAUAAUUUCUCAUUCUCAUCAUUUGAAACAAAGAAAAAAUUUCACUGAAGAGAGCCCGGAGUUUUCGAGUGGCCUUGUUGUUGAGUAAAGAUGUCGUGCGCCACCCCUAAACAGAGCACUUUUUCAGACACGAUUUGAAACAACCACGGUUUUCUGGUAUAGGAGAAGUUAACAAAACUUUCCCUUUUCCGCGACUUCUCAUAACACUAACCAUUUCAAUGCUCACAGCCCGAGAUAACAAAACGAACGAGAUUUAAUCGAAUAAUUAAAAAUUAACAAGUUUGAUGGCUCUCGCGAGAAAAAAUAACGCUACAAAAUAACGCUUAUAUAUGCUGUGCUUUUUGUUAUAUUGGUUUGUCGGGUGACGUUUGAUAGUGUUCUAGUGAACUGCCUUAUGAGAAAAAAAUCCAAUAAAAAGUGAAAAAAACAUUAAAGUUUAAAAAAAGGAUUGAUUGGGGUUUUUUUCAAAGUAAAAAAACUUGAAAAAAAUUUUUGACUUGAGCCAAUUUACAGUCGAGGAUUGUGGAAGUAGAGUCCCUUAAAAGAAGAAGUUCAUAAAGUUUUUCUUCAAAGCUCUACACAAAAAUUUUAACUACGAGUUCAAGUGGCAAAAAUUUUAACUACGAGUUCAAGUGGCAAAAAUUCAAAUCCGUCUCAAAAAGUUAUGAAAUACACUUUCUUUGAAGAGUAAUAACUUUAAAAUAAAGAUUAGAGGAAUUGAAUCAUUUUUUAUUGAGCUAUCAAAACGAUCCCGACAAACAUCGCAUGACCUGUCGCUCUCCGAACUUUUGGAACAUACCUUUUCAGAUGCGCUCAACGGUUCUCUCGAAGCUGCAUUUUCUGUGUCCCAACUGCAUAGCUCCAAAGACGACGAGAGAAUCUCAGCCUUCAAAUAACAAUAAUAGAAACAACGUCAGCGACCAGAAAGCCAGGUAUUUGAACUCAUGAAAAAAAAUGGACACCAUUCAUUCAGACUGACUUUGGGUGUGAUUAUGGGAACGUUUUUGGUGUGCUGGUUACCAUUCUUCCUCGUCAACAUCGCAAGAUCUUUCUCCCCCAACUCCUUCAGUCAAAACUCUAUUUUGGUAUGCCAAGCUCUGAAUGAAUACAAUUUUCAAAAUUUGCAGGCCGUUACUUGGCUCGGAUAUGCCAACUCGGCGGCAAAUCCACUCAUUUACAGUAUUUUCAAUCGUGAUUUCCGUAGAGCCUUCAAAAAGAUUAUUGUCAACAUUUUCCACUGCCGAGAAGAACAGGAUCUCAACAAGUCUAUGUGAGCCAAAAAAAAAAGGUUCAAGAAACAUAAAUCCAUGAAUUUCUUGAAGCUCUUCACGAUAUGCCGUUCCGGAAGUGGAAAGGCGCCGUUCCUGUACCAAGUCUUCUGAAUCCAACCACGAGAACAACAAUGAGCAGCCGACGCGACUUGUCGUUCUCACGACAUCUGCAGGAUCUGCCAUCACCGAAGAGUAG